AAAUGUUGUGUGGGUUUUGGUUUUUGGGUGGUCUGGAAAUGUGAUACUGGAGAUGGGUUUGGAGUGAAAAUCGAGUUUUUCUCCUGCUUUGCUUUGGGAGUUUCUUGUUUUAUUUGUUUUGAAUUAUAUGGAUUUUCCUUUUCUUGUUCCUUUUUUUUUUCUGGUAAAAGUUGCUUUAUUAUCGAACUCUUGAAUUGUUUUUAUAAAAAAAUUUGUUUUAGUCGUGAUUUUAAUGAGAUUUGUUGAUGGAAGCUUAGUUUUUAUGUUUCUUUUUGGUAUGAAUUUGAGGUGAGACAUAGCCUUCAUUGAUGGAUUAUUGAUCAGUUUCUAAGGAUUAUCUGUUUUCUCAACUUUGAUUCUCUUCUACAUAUCUGAUGGCUGAGGAGAGUAUUGGUUCACCGGUGACACUAGAUAUUUCUGGGUCAGACAGGGGCAAUUUGAGAAGAAACUCCUUGGCAGUAGCAGAUUCGGUGAGCAGCAGAGAAAAAACUCUUCCUCGUUAUUUGAGAGCUUCUACCGGUUCGUGUCAUGAUUUCUGCAAAUAUGGAAAGAAGCAUGAAUCUGAAGAGAUCGCUAGACAUCCUUUCCGGAAGAGGAUUGUGAAAAAGCUGUGUGAUGAGCCAAAUUUAUUUCGGAGCUUAGACUUAGUGCAGAGGAAGCUGACAUCCACAACUGAAUCCAAAUCUUUUCCCAAUUCCCAAUCUCAUACCCCUGAUAUGCCUGACACCAUUGAGCUUCAGUUGCCCACUUGCUCUCCCAGUGGAAAUAAUUCUAGGAUACAUGGUGUUCAGUUGAAGAAAGAAAAGACAUCAGCUGCAAAGCUUAAGUCUAAACAUCCACCCAAUUUCCGUAGUCGCCACAAAAGCUCUGAUGUUGUCACGGCUGGAGUGUCGACAAACUCUUCCAACAGCCAAAUUCCUAGGAAUGAUGAAGUACUGUUGGAGGAAAAAAAGACAUCAAUUGCAAAGCUCAGAUCUUCACCCAAUUUGAAAUCCCGCUCAUCCGAUGCCUCGAAAGUCAUGCAGAAGGGUGGAUCAACAUCUUCUAAGAAAGUAGGAAUCUCUUCGAAAGAAGUCUCAUCGAAACCUAAUGACAAAAACUUUUCUAAAGCACUUGGUACUUCUUCGAAGCCGAAAUCUCAGGCAGAAAAGCUUCCUUUGGUUUCUGCCCCUUCAGGAGCUUCAAGUGUUAAGAGAAACAGUGGAAGUAGUGAUACAAAGAUGGGGAAGAGGACUGUGACCUCCAAAGUAGCUGUAAAGAAAGCAUUGGCAUCGCCAAGAGCCUCAUUGUCUCCAAGAGCUUCUCUCGCUAGAGCUACAAGUCUAACUGCAAGGAAGAACCUAAACUUAAAAGUUGUGCCUCUACAGAAGAAUCAGAACAAAGUUGAAAAGGCUGAAUCAGAGCAACCUCCCGAUGAACAAAAGGUACGCAAUAACAACGCACUUGAAGAGAAAACCCUGUAUGUGAUCAAGAUGGAGACAGAAAAUAUGUUGUUGGAAUCUGAUAAAAAUGAAAAUUGUGCUGCUGAAUUGCCUCCACCUGUUGCUUUAUCUCCCAAGUCAUCCUCCCUUACAAUGUCUCCACCUUUGUCAUCACAUGGUGGGAGAGAUGAAGAUGAGUCUGAGUAUACAGAGGAUGACUCGGACUCUGAAUAUUAUGAAGAUGAUGAAGAUGAAACUGUAAAUACUGAAGAAGUAGAACAUUUGGAACGAGAAAAUGGCGGAAGGUCCAGAAAGGGUAGGAUGGUAUUCUCUGAAGAAAAGGAUAGCCGGCCUGUGAAAUUAUCUUUUAGGAGAGGAAAGGUUGUUGACAUUCAGACUGAGAAUAAUGGUCCAAGGAGGCUCAAGUUCAGGCGAGGAAGAUUACUUGGGGUCAACCAAAAUAUUAAGGCUGAGCGGAGAACCUUUAGGACAAGAGAAGUUGAUGGCGACAUGAAUGACAAUGAACCUGGUGGGGAAAAAGUUGUUUUGAGACACCAGGGUUUGCAGGGAAAGAAAGAUGAAAAGGGUUUGUUUAACAAUGUCAUCGAAGAAACUGCUAGUAAACUCGUUGAAACCCGGAAAAGUAAGGUUAAGGCCUUGGUUGGUGCUUUUGAAACCGUCAUCUCCCUCCAAGACGGCAAACCUUCAUCAAACACCGUCACUUGAGUUGUGAAGAACAUCUCUAAUAACAGUAGGUUUACAGGGAAGAGGGGGUAGGAGAAUAAAGCUAAGCUUUUGAGAGGUUACUCCGAGAUUACACAGCUAUUGAAGUUUGAAAGUAGAUUUUCACUGUUUUGACUUCGAAACUCCUAGGUCUUGAUUCGAACGCGAGAUUCCGUGUGUACUGAUCUUGACAUACUUCACAUACAGUCUUGCCAAGGGUGUGCUUCUUCUUUUUUCCGAAGUUAUACUACGAAUGAUUUUCUAUCUUGUGAAUAAAGCAAUAUACUCAUGACUUCCAUUUACUGUUAGGAGAUAAUGUGGACGCCUGAUAACUCAGAUUUACGUAGUUGUGUCUUGUUUUUUCGUGGUUCAUUUUCUAUUCUAGAAAUGUCAUGACUGAUUCUGUUUUUGGUUGGUUUAUCAUAAGUGUGUGCAUUGCUGUA